ACGAAGAGGAGGAGGAGGAGGAAGGAAAAGAGGAGGAGGAGGAGGAGGACGAAGACGAAGACGAGCAGCCCGCUAGCCUGACAGCAGCAGCCGCUGGCGCCGCCGGUGUCUCGCUCGGUCUCCCUCACCCGCCCCGGGCUCCCCCUCACAGGCUGCGGGGCGGCCCCUCCCGGGGAGGGGACUCGCCCGCCCCCUUUGCACCUCCCGGUCCCGACUGCUCCAUCCCCUCCUGCAUCCCGGCCGGGGGGGAGGAGGAGGCGGAGCAGGAGCGGGAGCAGGAGCAGGAGCAGGAGCCGCCGCCGCCGCCGCCGCGGGAGCGCAGGAGGAGCGGGAGGGACCCUGCCUGCUGCAGCCCCGCGCGUCCCGGCCGCCGAGGUCGCCGCCACCGCCACCGCCUCCGCUGCCGCCGCAUCUCGGGACGGGGCAGCCGCUCCCCAGAUCCAGUCCCAGUCCCAGCCUCAGCCUCCGCCCGUCGCACCCUCCUUUUCAGUCCGGGCCGGCCGGCCGGCCAGCUCCGCUCUCUGCCCGCCCCCAAGGGCCCCGAGGAUGCCGAAGCCGACACUGCUCCUGCGGGGGGGUUGGGACCGCAGCCCCGGGGACACGGAGCUGGGGCGCCAGUUCCGGGACUGGUGUCUCCGGACCUACGGAGACUCAGCUAAGACCAAGACGGUCACUCGUAGCAAAUACCAACGGAUCGCCGAGGUCCUGCAAGGCGGGGGCAGCGGGACCACGGGUGCCGGCAACGGCGGCCCCUCGUCCGGGGAGAAAGGCAAGUUCCAGUUUUGGGUCCGCUCCAAGGGCUUUCGGCUGGGGACCAGCAGGGAGCCGAAGAUGGGUCAAGUGGUGUAUGUGCCGGUGAAAACUGGAACGGGGGCAGAUGGACUGUCGGAGCCUGAGGGCAUCUCUCUGAAACGGGUAGCUGUGGUGGAAGAUUUCUUUGACAUCAUCUACUCCAUGCAUGUGGAGAGCUCUGCAGAGCCAGGCAAAACCCCCAAGCAUGCUGGGCAGAAGAAAACCUACCGAGCGAUUGCAGAAACCUACGCUUUUCUCCCAAGGGAGGCUGUGACCCGGUUCCUGAUGAGCUGCACAGAAUGUCAAAAGAGGAUGCACUUUAACUCCAAUGGGUUAGAGCCCAAAGAAAAUGAACCUCCUUCCCCUCUGGUUUCUGGGAUCAUCGACUAUAACAUGCCCCUCACCUCAACAUACCUGAAGCAGAUGAAGCUACGGGUAAUGAAUUCCCAGGAGCAGGAUGAGACUUCCGUGAGCAGUGAGGAUUUUGAUAUGAAUGACUCCACAUGGAUGUCAGCUGAUCAACAUCUAAGCUCCAGCUUGAGCCCCAGCCAGGACGAGAGGAUGCGGAGCCCACAGCACCUCCCUAGCCAGGAGGAUGAUGACUCCUCGUCAGAGAGUUGCAGUGGGAAUGGCUCCUCGACUUUGAACCCCUCCACCUCCAGCAGUACCCAGGGGGACACCUCCUUCCCCGAGAUGAAUGGUAAUGGCACCGUUGCCCCCAUGGACUUCACAGCAUCGACGGAGGACCAGCCUAUCAACCUCUGUGACAAGCUCCCACCCUCCCAUAUCCCUCCCUCUUACCCAACAGAUAGCUGCAGCGCCGACGGGCUUCGGAGCAGGGUGAAGUAUGCUGUAAAGACAACCCCAGAGUCUCCUCCAUACAGCUCUGGGAGUUAUGACUCCAUCAAAACAGAGGUCAGCGGUUGCCCUGAGGACCUGACUGUGGGCCGGGCUCCCACAGCUGAUGAUGAUGAUGAUGACCACGAUGACCAUGAGGACAAUGAUAAGAUGAAUGAUUCAGAGGGGAUGGACCCUGAGCGUCUCAAGGCCUUCAAUAUGUUCGUGCGUCUUUUCGUUGAUGAGAAUUUGGACCGUAUGGUGCCCAUCUCCAAGCAACCCAAGGAGAAGAUACAGGCCAUCAUAGAGUCCUGCAGUCGCCAGUUCCCUGAGUUUCAGGAACGAGCCCGCAAACGCAUCCGCACUUACCUCAAAUCCUGCCGUCGUAUGAAGAAGAAUGGCAUGGAAAUGACCAGACCCACUCCUCCCCACCUGACCUCAGCCAUGGCUGAAAAUAUCCUGGCAGCUGCAUGUGAGAGCGAAACGAGAAAAGCAGCCAAGAGGAUGAGACUGGAGAUCUACCAGACAUCCCAGGAUGAGCCCAUCGCUCUUGACAAGCAGCAUUCCAGGGACUCUGCAGCCAUCACCCACUCGACCUACUCACUGCCAGCUUCCUCGUAUGCCCAGGAUCCUGUCUACAUCAAUGGCAGCCUGAACUACAGCUAUCGCAGCUAUGGGGCUUUGGGUAGCAGUCUGCAGCCCCCAACUUCCCUCCAGACAGGAAAUCAUAGUAACGGUCCUACAGAUCUCAGCAUGAAAGGCGGGGCUGCCUCCACCACCGCCACCACCACCACUACCACCACCACCACCUCCUCCUCCUCCUCCUCUUCCAGCAACAGCACCAGCCGGGGCAUGGCCACUGCCCAGCUCAGCCCCACGGAGAUCAGCGCAGUGCGGCAGCUCAUCGCUGGCUACCGAGAGUCUGCCGCCUUUCUCCUGAGGUCUGCGGACGAACUGGAAAACCUCAUAUUGCAGCAAAACUGACGCCCCAGCGCCCGGAGAGCUCCUGUGUCACAUGACAGUUUCCACCCUAGAGAAAGGGGCUGCCCCCAGCUGAGGACCUGGCGUCCUCUUUCCCCUCUAGCUGGUACAUUUUAUUUAAAGAAAAAAAAUGGGUGGAACCUAAAAGAGCUGUUUCUACACACACUCCAAGCACCUGGGACUUUGGGCACAAGGACACUUUUUAUUUGUUUUGAAUCUCACCACACAGGUGCACUUACCUGCUUGGAAGAAGCCAAACGGGCAGCUUUGGAGGGGGUUUGAACUUUCUUGACAGGGAGCUUGGGAGCUGUGGCCGUAUUUAGAGUAACCUUCGUGGACCCUGACGUUAGAAUCCCAUCCCCAGAUAAUUACCUUUCAAGUCUUAGGUGAGCAGAAUUGCAUAUUUAUUGAGAAAAAACAAAAUGGACCCUCCUCCUCCUCCUCUACCCUUAGUAAUUUAUUUUUCUGAAAAUGGAUUCUUUUGUGUUUGUACAGAUUGCUAGUUUGUGUCUGUCUGAUCAGAAGGAAUUUAUUCCUACGAACUAACAUUCCAUAUCACUACAGUGACGAGGGGUGGGCAGCAGGGCGGAGAGGCAGAACAAGGCCGGCUUCUCCCGGGGUGGGCCUUGGGCCCAGGCCCCGGAGCUUGCAGCCCACAUCCCCCGCAGUCAGCCGCCAGGAGACUGACCUGCACCCACUAGCUGUCGUGUCUAGACUCAGAUAUGCUCUCAAUCAGACCCCACUGCUGCUACAGGAACACAGUCUCCUCCAGUCAGUAACCUCAGCAUGGGCAGCGCCAAGUGGAAGGACCUCACACACAUGUAACACCCCGCAGACAAACCCACCUCCAUCCCAGACCCACUGCCGCGGCAGUCCCAGUUCUGCAAACCCCCUCACACGGUCACCAUCUGUCUUCUACCUCACACUCCAGCGUGGGCUUUUCCCAGAACGGACGUGCCCUGAGCCUGCUCAGAAUGGCUGUUCCCCAGCUUUCCCCGCCCCCAGUACCUUGACUAUGAAGUGAAUCCAAAUUGGGUAUCUGAGAAACGAUGGGCAGUGAGCUUCCCCCAAGUCCAAACCAGCCAAGCCAGACACCGGGCCGUAGAUAGCGAGCUGCCGGCUCCCUGACAGACCUCCCCUCUCGCCAGCCUCCUCGGGGGGCCGAGACGGGCCUUUCCCCGGGGCCGUGGAAAGGGAAGUAGCUCUCGGCGCUCCUCACAGGGAGGGCUUUAGGCAGCUGAGGAGAAAGCCGGGCUCCUCUAGACAAGGUGUCCGGCAGCUACGUCCCCCUCCCUCUCCACCCGGCUGACCGGUGAUGGUAAAAAGCUAAGGGAAGCAGGGGCCACAGCAUCUCCUGGGACCAGCUUCCCUCGGGCGCAAAUGGUCCUAGAAGAAACCCACAGUCCCUAGAGUGUGAAGGAAAAAAAGCUGGCCUGGUUUCUUCCCUUCCUAUAGGCACUUCCUUUUGCUCAGUGCAAUACCUACCAGUGCUGCUAAAGCCAGGGACUUAGCUUAGACCUCAAAGGGCCCCGUCAAGGCCUCUCAAUGCAACAUGUGCAGUAGCCAUAAGCGCAGCAAAUGCUGCCCGAUGACCUGGGAGACUUCUAGCUCCUCUAUCUCAGCGACGGCCGCCUUUGCCCAGCCGAAGCAGACCAGGACCCAAGGGGCCUGGCCGAGGGGAGCAGACGGUUCCCAGCAAACCACCUUGGCUAUCAUUAUCAAGACCCCUCUCCCUCAAACCAGCUCCUCUCUAGCCUCGGUCUCUCUCCCUCUUACAGCAUUCAAGAUGGUGGCAGGCUUCCCUCAGGAAGGGAGGGAGGGAACUAGAUUGGACAAUUCCUCCUUCCAGGCACAAAACCCAUGACCUGGCUCUAGCCAGGAAGGCCCCUGGUUGAGUGGCAAAGGACAAGGGGCAACCGAAAGAUGAGGAACCCACAACUCUGCCUUUCAACCCCCCACCAGAGGUGGUACGCUCUUCUCUUUUGCAUACCCUGUUCCCAGGGACAGUAGGGCUCCCACACGCCAUUUUAAUCACACCAGUUCUGUCAAAAUAAGCCUUCUCCUUGACUGAUUUUUGGGCAGCCUGGGCCUCAUCAGGGUUAAAACAGCCAAGACAGAUCCACAUCACAGCACAUACUUCAGUGCCCAGAGCCUCUCCCCUUAGACUCCCCAGACCAUGCACCGUUCGGAUCACAGGACCCCCUAACGCCCCUCUCACCCCCACCAACACACACACUCAGCAUUUGAAUUUGUGUAAAUAUUUAUUUUUGUGUGUGAACAAUACUACAAAGUAACCAACAGACCUUUUGCAAAAUGUUACCCCGAGCAAUUUGUGAAAGUCUUAAUGUUUAAAAAAAAAAAAAAUGGCUGAGACAAUCGCCGCCUUAGAAUUC